AACCUUGACAUUGGAAAACCCUUAACAUAUCCAAUCAUCAUGACUGUUUACAAUUAAUAUAUUAAUAUUUCUACUCACUGUAUCACCAUUGUGAAGGUUGAAGUUAGAAACAAUGGAAUAUUUACAGUAUAUAUUUAUACUUAUUGUGAUGUUAUAUAAAUCGGUUGAAGUAUCAUCAGAAAGUUGUCAACCCAUCGUGGAUUCUUUACGUAAAUAUGGAAAUGUUUACACUUACAAAGACGUCUGUUAUGUGUUUAUUAACCAUGAAAAAACUUGGGUAGAUGCUCGGCAUAGAUGCGAGGCAUGGGGUGGGGACUUAGUGCAUAUACCAGACCAAGGCACCAUGCAAUUUUUAAAAGGAGUAAUGGAUAAUCAGUUACGGUGGAAAAAUAAUGGUGUGUGGAUAGGACUGCAUAAUAGAGGAUCAGGUGGAUGGCGGUGGACGACAGGUCAACGACAGACCUACAACUACUGGGAUUCAGGACAACCUAGUAAAACUUUUGGAUUUAUAUCUUUUGAGGACUGUGCCUGUAUGAGGAGAGGGGAUGGAUGGCGGUGGCAUGAUUACAUGUGUGAUAAUGGAAUGUUUACAUACAAAUACAUCUGUCAGUUCCGUAUGUUAACUACAACAACAACAACCACCACCACCACCACGGCUAAACCAAGCACAACCACCGUCACCACUGUCACCGUCACCAACGCCAAAACAUCAACCAGUAUUGCAAGUUCUAGUACAGUGACAAGCGACAGUGUCAUGAACUUAUUUAAUCCUGUAUAUAACAAACCUCAGGAGACUGCGGUUCACGAUGUUGUUAUUAAAGGCUACCCAUCAGAUUCAUCAAUAGGAAUCCAGGUUGCCAAAAAUAUAGAGAGGUCACGUCAAGGUGAAGGUCUUAGUGAUGGCAGCAAAGGUGUUAUAAUAGGCCUAGUACUGGGUGGAUUUAUAGUUCUAGUUAUAGUAUGUAUGGGAUUUAUCCUGUUCAGAAGAAGGAGGAAAAGGAAGCGGGACUCAGAUAACUUAGUCGUACAGUUUGAGAAUACAGACUACAUGCAGGGGUACACACAGGGGUAUUCUCCAGUGUCACAGAAUGAUGCUAAUGGCCAUGUCCCUAAUGGAACCAGACCAGAAAGUCACAUAUAUAUGGACACUAAUGAAAGGAAUAGAUUGUAUGAACAGAUGACCAAAGAUGUUGACCAUGGGGUUAAUAAUUAUGACAAACUUAAACCUAAAGGAGCAUGUGCAGGGGCCACACAGGGGUACACUGAUGAAUGUGAGGAGAGUGACUUGAAAAAGGAAAGAGUUAAUCUCCCUGAAGAAGCAGAAGGGUGUAGACUAAAUAAUGAUAAUGAAUAUAUUGAUAUGGCGGCAAACAAACCAAAACUUACAAACUUGGAGGCAAAUACUAGACGUGUGGAAAAACAGAACAAUUUACAACAAAGCCAGCCUUUAUACAGCAAUGAGACCUUUCAAAGAGAAAGAUUACAGACUCCCACCGAAGAUGAGUUGGAGAUCCUAGAUUACGAAGAGAGCACCCCAUUAGAUAAUGGACAAUUACAAGUGCUUGAUUACGAGGAGAGUACAACCAAAAAGGUUGACCCAUUAUAUGAUACAAUUCAUUGAGAAAGACUAUUAUAGCAGAGAAUUAUUCAUAUAUUGGUCAAUUUAUUCAAGUAUUAUAGGGUGAAACCUGCCAAAAACUACACUGAUGUAAAGUGUAAUGGAACUCCUAUCCAAAGAAAUAUGCAUAUUCAAACAUAUUGUAAAACCUUAUGUUAUUUUUGAUUAAAUAUCGGAGAACAAUGUCAGUAUAGCAAUGAGGUUCAAGUUCAGAAUUAGAUAUUGCAAGAAAGAACAGUUAGGAUUUUCAUUUCAGUCAAAAUGUAAUUGAUAAAUAUUACAUUUAGAGCACAAUAGAGACUUUUGUCAUGUAUUUCCUUCAGAUAGGUGGUAAAUGUACAGACCAGAAAAGGCAUAUUUGUUAUUUACUUGAAAUCACUUUCUGUCAAUCAUUGAGUUUAGUGAUAUUUAAUAGCCUAGUUGGAAAGUUGUUCCUCAAACAAAACAUGGGCUAAAACUGUAUGAACAAUGUUAUAUUUGUAGUACAUUUUGUAUUUUAAAUACACUAAGCAUAGUAGAGAAUGAUAAGCUUAGUUUUGGGUGUUAAACCAUUUUUGUUACCAUAUCAAUCCGUAUCCAAAUCUUCAUGAUCCAAAUUUGAUUUUAGUAGUAAACAUCCCAAAUUCCAAAUACAGGUGUAAAAUGUAAAGUUGUAUCCCAAAGGCAUUAAUUUGAAUUUUUUAUAUCAAACGCUUUUAUUUGAAAGAUUUUUUUUGGAUAAUUUUUUUUAUUAGAUAGAUAGAUAAUAGAUGGCACAUAAUUGCAGUACAAUUCAUGCACUAACAGAUCUGUGUAACCCUGAUUAUUAGAAAGAUUUCCCAAUUACUUACUUAAAAUCCAUUUAAACAAUUUUUUCUACGCAUUUAAUUUGAUUGAAUUAAAAAUCUUGUGUCAUCACUUUACCUACUAGGAUCUAACAAAGCUCUGUUUUACUUUCAAUCGUCCCAAACAUGCUUAAAACAUUUUCACUGGACUUUCGGCAACUAAUCAAUAAUCAAUCAUAAAAUUGAGAAUGGAAAUGGGAAAUAUGUCAAAGCAACAACUACUCGACCAAAGAGCAGAUACAAGUCAAAGGCCACCGAUGGUCAAUGCAGCGAGAAAACCCUGCACCUGACUUUCAAAUUUUUAAAAGAUACAUAAUCAUACAGUAGAUUCCCAUUGACAUGAAAAACACCUCAGAACAGAAAGUAAGAUGAAGCUUUGUCAGAUGCUUGUAGCUAAGCUUGGUCACAUGAUCAAGAUUUCUAUCAGGUUAUGACACCAUUGUUGUUAUAUUCAGGUUGUCAACCUAUUUUUAUGUACACUUCAUGUUGUAGGUAAAACUGUUGUAUUGUUAUUUGUCAGUUGACCUCAUGUUGUUUUAUAUUUACAGUUAAAAAAAAUUAAAGUGGCAUUCAUAUAUGCAUUUUUUUUAACUGUGUAUGUGUUUAGUGAAAUAUCAAAGAAAUUGUUGUUAAAAUAACUUUUAAAGUGGCAUUGAUAUAUGCAUUAUUUUUAAUUGUGUAUGUUGUAUGUUAAAAAUCAAGGAAAUAAUUGGUAGAAAAUGAUUGAUAUUUUCUGUUUAAAUCAUUGUGGUUAAACCAAAUUUGAGUAAUUUACACCAGCUUCAUUAACAAAACAGUUAAAAGUUCUGAAGAUCUAUACCUUUUGGAUUUGUUCCUGUUAAAAUGUUAGUAAGUUAUUUCCCCUUUUUUUACUGCUUAGGGUGCAUUCUAAAGUUUUUAUUAUGGAUAUUUGAAUGUGACCAUAUUAUUUCUAUUGAGUAUGUCAUGCACCUCUAAAGAACAUUUGCUUCGGUCUCCUAGUCAACCAAAUUUUUAACAUGCAAUUAACUUAAAAAUAUGGAUGUUAUAGUUCCUUUAAUAUAGUUGGUCCCUGUCUAUGGUCAGUUUAUGACCUAUAGAAAAUGUUUUACAUUGUGUGUAUGUAUAUAUGUAUAUAGACCAUAAGUUCAUUGUAGAAAAGUAAAUACACAUUCCUAUAUUCAUUGUGUAUAGUGCUAAAAUGUGUAAUGUAAAUUUUGUUUUAUAUAAAGUGUUUUUACUAAGUCUUAUCUCUAAAAUAAAUGAUUUACCAGUAUAACAUGGUUAUGUAGCACUAGCAAGGUAAAUAUGAUUGCUUGAAUCUAAAUGGUAAUCUCAUUCAAUAUGAAGGUUUUUGAAGUAAAAUGUUUUUAUUCUCUGAAUUGGGAAAUUUAUUUUUAACCAAUUUUGUAAAGAUAUAAAGAAAAUUUGAAGUUAUAAUUACUACAAAGCAAUAAUAAAUAUAGCAACAAAUAUCAGACAUGUGAUUCUUCUUAAUAAAUUUAUUGACAGAAGUAAAUCUCAAAUUGCUCUCCACAAUUUUGUUUGUUAUGAAGUAAAAUAUUUUACCAAUAUUGACAAUAAAAAGUAUGAAGUUGUAGUACAUGAGUACACCAAGAAAGAACAAUGACACAUUCAUAAAUUCUUCCACUGAAUAUCAUUAUUCAGCGUAUAGUUGUGUUUUAUGAUUUGUAUUAUUUUAAACUUUGUGCAAUAUUUUAUAUAGUUAUAUAGAAGAUUUUUCAUGUUGAUUAAGAUUAACCUUAUUUUUGAAGCAGUUAUAAUUCAGUUUCAUACCCCUCUCAAUUAAACAUUGCCUAAAAAUCCAAGCUAAAUAAAGAUUUUUUUUUAUUGUGAAAUGUUCAAGAGUUUUGAAAAUAUUGGAUAUCAAAGGGCAAAUAAUUACAAUAUUGUCUUUCGUUUUCAGAACUAUUUCUGUUUUUAAGAGACAAAAAUGUUAUUUGUUAAUAUAUCAUUGUAGAUAUUCCCAUUUCAUUAUAUAUUAUUCAGAUCAUAUAUUCAUUUGAUUAUUGUUUUAAAAACAAUCAAUUAUUGUGAGUGUGUAUGUGGAGAUAUGGUUAAAAUACGUUUAGAAUGGGAUGAACUACAUAAAAUGUAGAAUUUAGCUUACCCUUAAAUAAAUUCAGUAAAAGUACUGUAAAGUAAGUUGAUUGUAGUUAGUUAAGAAUUUAGAUGUCAAAGAUGAUUUUUCAACAUGUUAAAUUGUUAAAUUGUAUGCAUGGGCAUUUGUGUUCAGAUUUCGAUUUCCUUGAAAAUUCAGGCACAGACAACCCUUGUUCAUGUGAUUAAUAUAUUUCUAUCAAAAUGAAGUAUAGUCACUUUUAAAAAUACCUUUCAAAAUAAAGUCUGCCUCGAGUUGUAUGCAAGGAAAAUCCACCUGUACACUUCUAUAAACUUAUUUGUAUGUUUCAAAUGAAAACCCAUCUGGAGAGAUCUUUGUGAAAUCUGCUUUUAUGAACAAAAACAAUGUAUGUGCCAAAAUCCUUUCAAAUGGGAAAUCCUGUAAUUGAUAUGACGGAAUAGCAUGACAAAAUAUAAUGUUUAUAUUAUAUUAUGAUAUCAAAUAUUAGUACCAACCGUACAAGACCCUCAUGGUUAGUCAAGGUCGUUAAAAUCACCCUUGUCAAAUAUAUAUAAGUAAGAAACGAAAAUAGAAUGCAUGAUCAAGAUGUCCCCUAGUACUAGAUACAUCUGAAGUCUUCUAUAUCAUGUUUUUGAAGAAAGUGUAAAGAAAGGUUAAUGUUGAACAAAUUCAGCUUGCGAAAAUGGAAUUCCAAUAUCAGGAUUAUAACUUACUAUUGACAAAUUAGAUUUGUUCUUUUUAAAUGAAAUGUAGAGAACUUGUUUAAUUUUAUUAUUAAAGCUCAUAAUAUAUUUAACUUUUCCAUACACAAAGUUAUCAUUUACUUUUAAAGACCUAACAUGCCAAUAUGUGUAGGGUUCUUGACAUAAGUAGUCCAGUAGAAUAUUAUGUCCUAAAAUUAUUUUUUAAUGUGGCCUUUCAGUGUAACAAGAGGCACUAAUGUUAAAGACCUCGUGAUAACAAGUCUAGUCAAAAACAUUUUACUAUAACACCUGUAAAGGAUAGGGAGAAUGUAGUGAUCCCAUUUAUUUGAAUGAUUGAUUUGACUGAUAAUUAGUCAAGAUUCUAUUCACAAUUUACUGUAUUUAUUAAUUAUUAAAAAGAAUUUUAAUUAUAUUUUUAAAAUUUAAUCAGUUGUAUAAUUUUUUUACAAUCUUUUGUGGUUUUAUUAAUUUUACAAUAAAUAUAUUAUGCAUUUU